AAGACUGUAGUAACUUCCGCGUUCUUUGCAUAGCAACAGGAGGGCAGCGAAGAUGGCGGAUUGUUGGGACCCUGUUAAAUAACGUGUGGGAAGUUGAAACCGAAAGAAUACAGAACCUGGGUGUUCUUAACCCAUAAAUCGGAGUCGUCGGAUGCUCCGGGACCUAGGUCCGAAGCCAUGGCGUCGGCUCACGCCCGAAUCGGCCAACACGCCAUGACGGUGUUGGAUGUGGCACUUCGCGUACCUUGCAUCUUUAUUAUCGACGCCAUUUUUAACUCUUACUAUGUUCCUGGAUCAGGAUGGGCCGGAACAGCGGGGAAGAUUUUACUCCGAGUCAUGGGUAUUAUGGUCUCAAGUGUGAUCCUGGUGUUGUCACAGAAAGCUCUGUUCAAGUUCUACACAUUGUUCUUUGCUGUGCUCCUGGGAGCAGCGGCGGUUCUUAUCAACUACUACGCUACAUCUCACAUAGACUUCUACAGCGCCUACUACAAAGCAGCACUGGGCUUCCGACUAGUUCCGCGAAAUGGACCCACCCUGUGGCUGGGCAUGGCCGUGGUGCAACUACUUUUCGGCAUGGGCUACGUUGUGCUUCUAAAUGUUCAGUCCGUGUUCGCUGCUCUGGUCGUUGUGGACAUCAUGAUUCCGCUGUGGGGGCUCGUCCUGGAGCUUCCUGUGGACGUCCGGCAGCUUGUGGCAGUGGCCUCGGGCCUGACGCUGGCUUUUAACACGGUCAUGUGCCUGGCCUUGAAGCUGAAGUGGUUCUAUUACUCCUGCCGCUACGUCUACCUGCUGGUGCGUCACAUGUACCGCAUCUACGGCCUGCAGAUGCUGGUGGAGGACACCUGGAAGAGGAUCCGCUUCCCGGACGUGCUCCGUGUCUUCUGGCUCACGCGAAUGGCGGCCCAGGCCGUCAUCCUGGCCUAUGUGGUGAAGGUGGUGAGGCACGAGAGCGGCGACCCCAGCUUCCUGACGCGGGACGUCUUCUGGGACCUGUUCAGCAACCUCAUCAUUAGCGGCUGCGACUCCACGCUGACGGUUUUGGGCAUGAGCGCCGUCAUCUCCUCCCUCGCCCACUACCUGGGCCUCAGCAUCCUGGCCUUCAUCGGCUCCACGGAGGAGGAGGACAAGCGUCUGGGCUUCGUGGCGCCAGUCCUCUUCUUCAUCCUGGCCCUGCAGACGGGCCUGAGCGGCCUCAACCCUGAGGAGCGGCUGGUGCGGCUUAGCCGCAACAUGUGCCUUCUGCUCACCGCCAUCCUGCACUUUAUCCACGGCAUGACGGACCCGGUGCUCAUGUCGCUGAGCGCCUCGCACGUCUCGUCGUUCCGCCGCCACUGCCCGGUCCUGCUGGUGUCGGCGGGCCUCUUCGUGUUGCCCGUGGUCCUCAGCUACUCCCUGUGGCACCUCUAUGACCUAAAUACCUGGCUGUUCGCCGUCACCGCCUUCUGCGUGGAGCUCUGCCUCAAAGUGGUGGUGUCGCUGACCGUCUACGCCCUCUUCAUGGUGGACGGCUACUACAACGUGCUGUGGGAGAAGCUGGACGACUAUGUGUACUACGUCCGCUCCACGGGCAACGUCAUCGAGUUUGUCUUCGGCGUCAUCAUGUUCGGCAACGGCGCCUACACCAUGAUGUUCGAGUCGGGCAGCAAGAUUCGCGCCUGCAUGAUGUGCCUCCAUGCCUACUUCAACAUCUACCUGCAGGCCAAGAACGGGUGGAAGACCUUCAUCAACCGCCGCACGGCCGUCAAGAAGAUCAACUCCCUGCCGGAGGUGAAGGGAAGUGAGCUGCGCGACAUCGAGGACGUCUGCGCGAUCUGUUACCAGGAGUUCACCGCGUCGGCGCGCAUCACUCCAUGCCACCACUACUUCCACACGCUCUGCCUCCGCAAGUGGCUCUACAUCCAGGACACGUGUCCCAUGUGCCACCAGAAGGUUUACAUUGAGGAAGAGGCCCGGGAUAGGACGCCGUUCUCCAACAACAAUGGCUACGUUGCGCCCGGCGAGGAACCGGGCCCGUUCAUGGAGCCUGAUGGGGCAGAGGCCGCUGCCGCCGGGCCGGAACCUGAGAAUGAACUGCUGGAGGAUAACGACAGUAUUGAGUAUGACGAGGACGAGUGGGCGGGACUGAACGGCGGUAUGCCUGUAGAGGAGGACUACAUUAAUGAUGACACAGACUCUAACGGGGAUUGAUCAGGGUUUAGAGAAAUCUAAUAUAUAUUUGUUAAAAACAUCUUAAUAUUUUCAACAUCAGGGAUGCCAGUUGUUUUCUCUUUUUAGAUUUGUUUCCUUUUUUGUUUGUCUUGGGGAUAAGUCUUCUAAGGGCUCGCCAUGGUGGAACUGCUAUGAUUGCGUGUGCCUACAGUAGGUGGUUGGGUGUCCCGAGAGGUGCAAUUCAGUGGGAGAGACCCGCAUUCCUCCUGUUUUGUUGGGAUGCCGUUGGUCGGGUGUGUUUGCUGUUUUAACAAAGGUAAGCAGGAAGCUGAAAGGGCCUCUACCCGAGAGCUCUGCACCAAGAAGAGAGGUUUGAUUAAAACGUGACGUGCUACUGUAAUCACAGAUAUACCUCUUAUUACUACUGGUCUGUUGUGUGACCUUGCUUAAAUUGUGUACGUUAUUGUACAUGUAAUAAAAAUACACUUUCCUCUAGAAAAGAGAAGGUUGUAUUCAAGUGUUUUGAGAGACGCUACUUUUACUUGACUUCAAAAAGUCUUACCUGGAAAGUGAAACUGCAACUUUUGCUAUUGCUUAGUGAACUGUACAUUUUUCAUACAGCGAUCAAAUAAUUAACCAAAAUCAUGCUUAUCCAUA